UCAGCAUCGCACUGCCGAGCGCCUGCACCGCUGCACUCGCCCGGGGAUUUUCGAGAUCUGGGCAUCUGGCGCGGUUGCUUUCAUCGCUUCAUUCCGCUCGACCGCUCGAAUUCCCUUCGUUUCUUUUCGACCACAAAAAAGAGAGCAAAAAAUAAAGAGGAAUCUUGGAGCAAUGGCUGGAAGGCUGGAACCAUCCAUUUUGCGACCCAGCCCCCUGAACUGUCCAUAAUCACGGCCUCCCCCGCGGUGCUGUUGCUUUCGGUACCCUGUGGGGCUACUUGGUCACCACACCGAAUAAUAAACGGCCUCCAUUGCCAAGGAAAUUUCAGAGGCGGAAUUGAGAUAGAGGAGGGAGUGGGAAGGGAGACAGGGAGGGGUCAGUCGUCUUCCUUUGUCCCCGUGCUGCUCCUUUGCUUCGGAGUCUUGCCAAGCCUAGAUUCGAGGAGAGGGCUCCCUCUCUUUCCUUGCUUGGCCUGCAUCGGAAGGUGCGAUUGGCGCUCUCUGUCCUACAGUGCAGGCCGAAAAUUAUUUUACGCAGAUGGGAUGGUGAUGCGUGAGCGGAUCUUCAGCGAGAGAGUAAAGAUCGAGUGCUACAAACCUGCAAGGCCGAGGCAGGCUUAGUUUCAGAGAAAAUUGGUCGCGGAGGCCUCAUCAUGCUCUCGUUCUGUUGUGGCCUGUGGCGAUGCCCUGUCCUCCUUGGCCGGUUCCAAGCUUGUGGCCUGGGGAGCCCAUUCGUCUUUCACUUGAUAUGAAGGACGGAAGAAAUAGAGCUCCCGUUCGUUUCUUUCUUUAAGAAACUCACCAUAUUCUUGCCUCGUUAUGUGGGUAUCUUUCAGAGUCAUUCUCUCUGGAGUCUGGCCAAGUUUGUUCUGGGACGUAUUUGAUCUCUUCUCAACUGUAGCAGGAUUCUGAUUUUUCUGUUGGAGGAAUGUCCUCAACCACAUCUAUUCAGCCCUCAGCAUCUUCAGGUGGUGCAUCUACUUCAGCUGAUGAGAAUGCAAGGCCUCCUGAUUCAGGCACUAAUUCUUCUGGACCAGCACGAAGCAUAUUGUCUCUACAGUUGGACCAGCGGUCAUUACAUUUUUCUGUUAGUGCUUGGGUUCUUAUUGUUGCCUUGAUUGGCAUCUUUCCAUUGGCACCACAUUCCCUUCAGUAUAAGGGAUAUCGGUUGUCACUUCUUGGCACAACAUGUACUACAGGCUAUGCUUUGUUUGCUUUGUACAGGCUACCCCGAGCAGGGAACAUGCAGGCUGUUCAGGUGUGGUGUCACCAUGUAACUGCAUCAAAGGAUUUUAUACCAUUCAUGUACUGCCUUAUGUUUUCUACAUCCAAACUGCACUUGAAGCUUGUUUUGGUACCUGUAAUUUGUUGGGCACUUGAACAUGUCGCUCGAUUUCUACGUCGCCAUUUUACUAGCUCAUCUUUGUACAGGACAUACUUGGAGCAACCUUGUACAUGGGUUGAGACAAACACAAAUGCAGUCCAGUUUCUACGUUCAAAUGCAGAGAUUUUGACGGGCUUUCUUUUGAUCCUAUCCCUGUUCUCGCGACAGCGAAAUCUUAUGCAAACAUUCAUGUAUUGGCAGUUGCUGAAGCUCAUGUACCAUUCUCCCUUCACUGCCGCUUAUCAUAGAGCUAUCUGGCUAAAAAUUGGGCGGACAAUUAACCCUUAUAUCCACCGUUACACCCCUUUUCUUCAUGACCCGAUAAAUGCUGGCAUGAGAUGGUGGUUUAGGUAGGUUGAAUGCAGCACUGUCAGUCAUGUAAAGAGAUGCAAGUAUGUUUAUGGUAUUAUUUUACUCCAAAGAGAAUCUUUGAGAAAACUGCUGCUUGGGAGUGGUGUGAUUAGUCCCUUGUGUGGCUUUGAGCUGAUGACAAUUUAGUAGUUAGCAUGAUCAGUAACUCUUAACUCUUGUAGGCUUGUAGCUAGAGCUAGUCGAGAUCUUAGCCUGUUUGGCAUGAACUGAAGUUAGGUGGGGAGGUUAUUAUUGUGACCGAAUUGUUUUGAUUUUUCUGACUAUUGGCUAUUGCUGACCACAUAUCAGUGUUAUCAAAGGGACGUUACUAUUCUACGU